CGUCACACUGUAAGUUGAAAGCAGGAGCAGAAAUUGUCCCGACAGAGGCCAGGAGACCCAGUACAACUUAGCUGAGGGCUGCUGUUGUUUUUCUCACAGUCAGGCAGGCAGUCAGCCAUGGUUAAACUAGCCUUUAACUCGGCUCUGAGCCAGAAAGAUGUGAAGAAGGACGAAAAGGAUGAAGCUCUGAUUCCUCAGGAAGGGGAUGUAGAGGAGGUUCUGCGGGUCAGGCAGCAGUCCCGGGCAUUUUGUUGGUGCAUGUGCCUGGGUUUGGCUCUCAUGCUGUCUGGAGUUGUUGUCGGCGGAGCUUACCUGUACAGGUAUUAUAUCCUAGAGGUUAAACAAAGGGCCGCUGCUAAAGUUGGCGAUGUUCUUCAGGAGCAGAACACGUACUUCUGUGGAGUAAAUUACAUUGAGGAACAGUACAUGAUGAAAGACAGCGCAGAAGACACUCCAAUCUCAGACAUGCGGGUGGAUGAGCGUGUCCGGGUGCUGACCGAGGAGGAAGUGGCUCUUAUCCAUGUUCCAGUGCCGGAAUUCAGUGACAGUGACCCCGCUGACAUCGUUCACGACUUCAACAAGAAACUGACUGCCUAUCUGGACCUGAGCCUAAAUAAGUGCUAUGUCAUCCCUCUCAAUACCUCCAUCGUCAUGCCCCCCAAGGACUUCCUGGAGCUGCUUGUCAACAUCAAGGCUGGCACCUACCUGCCACAGUCCUACCUGGUACACGAGCAGAUGGUUGUUACGGAGAAGGUGGAGCACGUGGAGCAGCUGGGCUACUUUAUCUAUAGCCUGUGCAGAGGCAGAGACACUUACAGACUACAGCGCAGGAGCACCAUAGCAGGCAUUCAGAAACGCGAGGCCCUCGACUGCCACAAGAUUCGCCACUUUGAGAACAAGUUUGUGGUGGAGACCCUGAUCUGUGAGCAGUAGAGCGACGGCGCCCCUGCCAGAAGCAUUACAAACCACUUCUGACGAAUUCUGCCGUGCAGUGCAGUGAUUAUAUAUGGGGCCCCGCCCACCUCUACUUCUUUCCUUUUAAAGCUCAUCCUGUCUCCCAUGUGUGGUGGUCUGCUUUGUGUCCCUUUUUUCUGUACAGCGAAGAUGAUAAUGAUGAUGAAGCAAAGUGAGAAAGAAUGAAUGGAAGAGAACGAGACUAAAAGCCCUUUUAAAAGCUGAUUGUGGCGCGUUUGAACUGUAAGUUUAAAUCCCUUUCUGUUUCUCUUUUAGGAUGGAUUUAAAUCUCCAUGUUUGGUUGUUCGUUUGAUGUUUUUAGUUUUACUUUUUGUUGCAAGCGUUCAUUAAGGAGAACAGAUUACGGGACAUGAUUUUUGAAGCAUAUUCUCAUAAAUUGGGGAUAUAAAGAAUGUUUGUUAAAGUAUAUGUUUGAUAAAGAGGCAAUAAAAUCGCUGUUUUGUCUUUGUUUAAACUGUGAAACUCUGUCACAGCCUAGUUCACCAUAUUAUACACUGGAAGAUAUUAGAUUACGAUUAUGUAGGACAUAGCCAUUAAUGGACUAUAAACAUUUUUGUAUUAGAUAUACUUUGUUUUUUAACUGGUUAAAAUAUUAAACCGGUGCUGAAAUGUUUUCUUAAGACGUGGUGACGAACAGGGAUGCUUUAUUUCUAGGCUUCAACAAGCUCUAAGAUGCACCAGUCAGCCAUAACAUUAAAACCACCUUUCACAGAUUGUUUCCCAAAGUGUAGGCUGAAAUUUACUGGCAAAGGAGGAUGUUCCACAGUAAAGGACCCUUUAUAAACUGGAUCCUUUAUAAAAUGGCGCAGCUGAUGUAUCCUUUGCGGCGCUCGGUUAGAAAAAGGGUUAGGAAAAUGGCACCAGGAACAUUGGGCCAAAAUAUAAGGAAACUCUUCAUAGGAUGGAUGUCAGCCUUGAUUUGAAUGCAGUUACUGCAUAGGUCCCCCUUGUGCCAAAACAGCUCCUCUGAAGGGCCUCUGAAGGUGUCCUGUGGUAUCUGUAGUCGUGUGGUGAUACUUCCAUAGAUUGCAUCAGUGAACCCUAGGCACCAAUAAAGUGUAGCCAGGUAAUGGCGAUACCAUGUGCAUUACGAUACAGGGGUUAUGAUUCAAUAUAUUAUGAUAUAUUGUGAUACUGUAAGCAAGGAUGAUAUAUUGUGAUUGUGUAAAAAAAAAAAAAAAACUAUAUAUUUUUUUAAAUAAAUAAAGUCAAGUAAAAGUCGCUGCUCUAUUUGAAAUAAACCAAGGUCUGACUCUAAUCUAUACAUGUAAACUAAUUAAAAAAUUAACACUGUUAUUGAAAAUUAUUUCAGUAUUGCAAAACAAAAUAUCUCAAUGCUUCAGUAUACCAAUAUUUUCUUACCACCCCUAUAUGUCUUUCAUUUCACCUGUCAGUGGUUUUAAUGUUAUGGCUGAUUAGCCUAUAUAAGAUUUAAAAGGAAGAGAAAAUUCUAAUUUCAGGCUAUAAGAAUUUCAGUUAUUCGUGACAAUGCAGAAAUAUUAUGCGAUACUUCAGAGCGCGUAUGUUGAAUGUGUAUCUAAAUUCUAUCACAAAUGUCUAUAACUGUUGAACUCAAGUUGUAUUGAUCAACCAAUAUAAUGUGUAUAACAUUUACAUAAUGCAAACAAUUAAAUGUUAAUGGAUUAACACAAUAAAACCUGAACCACUGAA